CGGAGGGCGGAACAUGCGAGAUCGAUAUCCUGCUUGUUCAAUCAAUUGGCUCGUCGUUGAUCGGAGAGCUGCAAUGUCGUCGCCAGCGAGAGGGGAGACGGAGGCGAUCCAUGUGCUGGCGGUGGACGACAGCUCGGUCGACCGGGCGGUCAUCGCGGGGCUUCUCCGGAGCUCCAAGUACCGAGUCACGGCUGUGGACAGCGGUAAGAAAGCGCUGGAGCUAUUGGGAAUGCAGGAACCGAACGUGAACAUGAUCAUUACUGAUUACUGGAUGCCAGAAAUGACAGGAUACGAACUUCUCAAGAGAGUCAAGGAAUCCUCCAAGUUGAGAGAAAUCCCCGUGGUCAUAAUGUCAUCUGAGAAUGUUCCCAAUCGAAUCAACAGGUGUUUGGAAGAAGGAGCAGAAGAUUUCUUGUUGAAGCCUGUGAGGCCAUCUGAUGUAUCUCGUUUGUCCAGCUGGAUCAGAUAGCAGCUGGAGAAGGCAGAGGAGGACGAAAGAUGAGUCUCCUGUCGACACAAUUUUCCUCAGCUUUGCCUUCGUUUAGAAAUGAAUUCUUUUGUUUCUUCUUUAAAUGAACAAGGAACUGUGAUCAUGGAGGUAGAUCCUCAUCAUCUUCCAUGAUGUCAUCUUUUGCUUUCAGAUGUAAACAUGCUUCGAGCAAGCAUUUCAAUCCAAUGCCAUUCCGAUUCAUCCCUUUCUGGGGCUCCUGUUGUUGUGUGGGAUUCUGAAGGGGAAAAGGUCUUCUUGUUGCCCAAUGGGUGCGGUAUAGUUGGGUUAGUAUAAGAGUUUGAAUUUCAUAUUUGAGUCGAUUUUUUAAUGUGUUUAAGUGAUGCUCUGGAUUUAUCACCCAGAUAAAUUAGGAAGAAGAUGAAGGAGAGUUUUAAAGCAAUGGUAAAUAAUAGUCUUAUAAGAUUGUCCGGGACUAUAUGUCGGUAGGAGUUUUGUGUAUCUUUUAUAAAUUAAGAAAAGAUCGUCUAUUUUUUAAAAUUAA